GAGGCAGCCCUGGCCGAGGUGUGGCUUGCAGCUCUGCAGCUGUCCCAGGUCGCCUUCAGCAGGGUGUUGGCGGAGCUGGAUGAUGCCACCGCAAACCUCACCUUCUGGGAGGGCAGGGUCAAGCAGGAGCAUCACUUCUGGUUCAUCUGGCUGCAGCAGGGUCCCGGCGCGUUCUUGCAUCGCAGCGCCCAACUCCUCCGGCUGAAGGAGGUGCAAGCCGGCGGGCUGAGCUCGGCAGAGCUCAUGGAGAAGAGGGUGCUCGUCUUCCGCCUGCUCCGGGACUCCCUCUGCCGCUCCCUGGCUUGCAUCCAGUCUGCCGCAGAGCUGCUGCUCCUGACUUCCCACGUGCGGCAGGAACCCGGCGGCAACGGCGAGGAGCGGAGCCUGUUCCAGGCCGCCGACGCGGCUGUCGAGCGCUGCAUGACAGACAUCAGCAAGGCACUCAGCGAUCUGACCGUCGACAUGGCGAGCAUUCUGGGGGCCGACGCCGCCGCCGCCGCCGAGGUGGCAGAUCCGGCGGCGCGCCGGGACCAUGUGUUGCACGCCGCGCUUUCCAAGGCGGCGCGCGACGCCAUCGCGGCCUCUGCCGCGCUUUCCUCCUCCGAGCGUCUGGUGCACGUUCCGCGCUGGGCCCGCAUGCCCAGCGAGCUGCAGCGCCACUGGGUCAAGUACGGUGUCGUGUGGGCGCUCGCCGGCGCGGGGGCCCUGUUUGUGGUCAGGCACUCCCCGCUGGCCGGCAGCAGCGACCUACAGCGCUGGUGGAGCGCGGGGGUGGGGGCCACGCGCGCGGCGCUGGACGCCCACCUGCUGGCGCCGCUGCAGGCGGUGCGGGACGAGCUGUUCACCACCUUCCGCAGCCGGCCCAGCAUCGUCAGCCUCGCCGAGUACGAGGCGGACCGCGACUCGCUGGCGCGCAUGCUGGGCGAUUUUGAGCGGGAUCGGGGGCUGCUGGAAGGGCGGAAUGUGGAGGAUGGCGACGCUCGCUUGAUGCCAGCCCCCAGAGGCGGCGGGCCCCCUCCCAAAGGGAUGGACACGAUGAUGCGGCGGUACGAGCAUGAGCUGAAGAAGCCCAUCCGGAACCUGGUGGCGGGCGACCUGGCGCGCUGCCUCCUGAUCCAGGCGAGCAAGGAUUGGGGAGGGCGGGUCCAGAAGCUGAAGGUGGACUCCGAGUCGGCCAUGCUGGAGAUCGACCAGAUCCUCAAGUCCAACGAGCUGUCCAUCGCCCUCGUCGCCGCGGUGCCCGCGUUCCUGAUUGCGGGCGGCCUCCUGUACUGGACUAGCAGGCUCAUCACCCCCGCCCCCCCCGACCCCAAGACCGAGGCCGUGCCUGCGCGCCUGGCGCUGGUGGAGGCGGAGCGCAGCCUGGCGGUGCUGGCCACUCCCGAGCCGGGGCGCGACCUGGCGCAGGCCGCCGGCCUCUACGCCUUCCAGCUGGCGGCGGCGUACGAGGAGGCGCGCUCGCUGUUUGCGCGGCACAGGGGCCUGUUUGGGGGCCAGGCCUCCUCCGAGUGGCCGGCGCUGCAGGCGGAGCUCAAGGAGCUGGGUGCGCCGGGGCCGGUGGCUCGCAAGCUGGGCGGCCUGCAGCGCAUCAUGCGCGCCUACUCCAUCUACCAGCAGUUCUGA